GUCCUUUGACACCUGCCCCAAGGAAUUCACUAGAGUUCUAUCCAAAACGUCAAUACCCUGAACAUCAAUCAAAUUCACUAACGUUACCAAAUUUUAUCCAAAAUCCUUGAUUCUAUUUUUACCAACGCAAUAUAGAAGCACUUUGACGGAACAACGUGACAACAGAAUGAAUUCCAAACUUAGGCUGUCUCAUCCAGGGAAGCGGAGAAUCUGGUAAACUGAUGUACCAGAUCCAGCAUUAAUUGUCCGUAUUAUUUUCCCAGAGUUCAUGAGUAAAUAGAAACAAUUAUUAAACCAUAUUUUAAGUGCAAUUUAGAAGUGACGCAAGGAUGUGGCGAAAAUAAAUGAAAGGACGAAGAACUUGGAACGUACGACUCAGUGAGAAGGCAGCAGACCACGGCGGCUGCAACGUGACUUUCUUACCACGUGACAAAAUCAACCAAUCGUAUUGCUCGCGAAAUCCGCGGUCACGUUGCUUUUGGCGUGGUUUCUAUAUUUCCCUUCGCACUCUGCAACCUCCAAGACCCCCUGACAGCCACCAAGUUCUGUUGGCCUUAACAAUCAGCAGUACCGCGCGAGCAGCUCAUAUUGACAGUGUAUUUUUUGUGAUGUGAUUUAUUUUCGUAUGUGAACUUUCAACGGAGCAAUUACUUAAGAUUCUUGUUGUGAACGAAUCCUUCUUUGUCUUUACUAUAGAUAAGACGGUGAGCCAUACCGAUAUCCGAUUCCUUCUAGGAUUCCAUAUAUGCAAUACUGAGAAUAUAUAAUCUUGAGUGCUAAUUCAAAUAUUUUUGAAACUCAUGCACUGUUAUCAGUUUACCAAUUCUAAAUAUACUCAAUGGUCUACAGCAUUCAUUAAUUAUAUGCUAUUCAGCAUAUAUUGCAGCAGACAGCAAGUAUAUAUUUAACGUAUACGUGAGACCAGACGUGUUAGAUACGUGACGACCAAAUGCACGAGAACGUUUUACCGUGAUAAACUGAUAGUGUUAUGCAGAUGACUGUUUAUUAUGGGACUAUCGGAUAGUGAUUAAGUUCCCAGUGCGCACGUGAGUUAUCGAGAGAUGACCGGAAGUCGUAAAAUAUAUGAUGAGGGGAGCCAGAUGCAAGAUGACGGCAGAAAACAUACAGUUCACUGGUUUCGAAAAGGACUUCGUCUCCAUGAUAAUCCAUCUUUACAAGAAGGUUUGGUUGGAGCAUCCACUUUCCGUUGUAUCUUCGUCCUGGAUCCAUGGUUUGCCGGAAGUACCAAUGUUGGCAUAAAUAAAUGGAGAUUUUUACUGCAAUGCCUGGAGGACCUGGACAGCUCGCUCAGGAAGCUGAAUUCUCGUUUGUUCGUGAUUCGUGGUCAACCAGCGGAUGCCUUGCCGAAACUGUUCAAGGAAUGGGGAACUACGAAUCUGACCUUUGAGGAAGAUCCUGAACCAUUUGGCCGCGUGCGGGAUCACAACAUCUCGGCACUCUGUAAGGAGCUGGGUAUCUCGGUGGUUCAGAAAGUUUCACACACUCUCUACAAGUUGGAUCAGAUCAUUGAGAAGAAUGGUGGAAAACCACCGUUGACCUAUCAUCAGUUUCAGAAUGUGGUUGCCAGUAUGGAUCCACCGCAAUCUCCGGUAGUUACAGUCACUUCUGGUUGUGUAGGAAAUGCUUACACACCUUUAAAGGAUGAUCACGAUGAGAUUUAUGGCGUCCCGACGCUUGAGGAACUAGGUUUCGAUACAGAAGGUCUUUUGCCUCCUGUCUGGGUCGGUGGCGAAAGUGAAGCUCUGGCCAGGUUAGAACGUCAUCUGGAAAGAAAAGCCUGGGUAGCGAGUUUUGGUCGGCCGAAGAUGACACCCCAGUCUUUAUUACCAAGUCAAACCGGAUUGUCGCCCUAUUUACGAUUUGGCUGCCUGAGUACACGACUCUUUUAUUAUCAAUUGACAGAUUUGUACAAAAAGGUACGGUUCGUAAUUAUGCGUGGAUUUUAUCAUUUUCAGAUUAUAACCUUGUAUUUUCAGAUUAAAAAGACCGUGCCGCCUUUGUCACUACAUGGACAACUGUUAUGGCGGGAAUUUUUCUACUGUGCCGCGACCAAGAAUCCUAAUUUUGACAAGAUGCAAGGAAAUCCCAUAUGCGUUCAAAUACCCUGGGACAGGAACGUCGAGGCUCUGGCCAAAUGGGCUAACGGACAGACGGGCUUUCCUUGGAUCGACGCCAUAAUGACACAGCUCAGGGAGGAAGGUUGGAUCCAUCACCUGGCCAGACACGCAGUGGCAUGCUUUCUAACUAGAGGAGACCUUUGGAUCUCUUGGGAAGAAGGGAUGAAGGUAUUUGACGAACUUCUCCUCGAUGCUGAUUGGUCCGUUAAUGCUGGGAUGUGGAUGUGGUUAUCCUGCAGUUCAUUCUUUCAGCAAUUCUUUCAUUGUUACUGUCCAGUUCGAUUUGGCAGAAAGGCUGACCCUAAUGGCGACUAUAUACGACGCUAUCUACCCAUUCUCAAAAAUUUUCCUACGAGAUACAUACACGACCCUUGGAAUGCACCACUCAGUGUGCAACGAGCAGCCAAAUGUAUUAUAGGACGAGAAUACUCGUUGCCAAUGGUGAAUCAUAGCAAGAGUUCGAGGAUCAAUAUUGAGCGUAUGAAGCAGGUUUACCAACAAUUGAACAAGUACAGGGGCAACGGAACAUCUUUAAAGGGAGAAGGAAUUGGUUCGCUGAGCAUAAUUCCUACUGACAAAGUAGAAGUUGCCUUAAGUCCUGAAGCUAACCGGAAGAUGGACGUGAAAGAUGUAAGGAUGCAGCAGUAACGAAUUGCGAAAAAAGUUGAAUAAACGUAAUUAAAAAAUAGCAAGAGGAAAACACGAAAACACUAAAGGCAGUGGUCACAAUGAGCGUCGAGGGAUGUGCAAAGAAUAAUUUGGCAAGGGUUCUCCGUGUAUAAAUUCAGAUACGUGUACGAAGAAAUCUCGCGUGAUAACGCGUCGUCAAGAUAAUGCCAACACAAGAAGAGAGGGAAAAGGAAAGUAAAUACAGGGUGACAUAGAAAUACUAGUUCACCCUUACUCACCAUGUGCCUAGAGCAAGACAAUCGAUUACUAUCAGUAGCAGUGACGUCGUUUAACACCGAAGGAACUUUGAGCCUAAACCAUGAAUGAAUUUGACUAAGUCGCUAAGACCAAAUCCACCGAAUUCAGUGUAUCUCCCCAUCGCAAAUCUACCCACUGCUUACUAACCUAUCUGGGCUAGCAACCAUUCUACGGAUAAUGUAUGUUGCUAGACGUGUGAGAUGGGCGUGGGAUCCUAAUCCUCACCCAACGACUCGUGGGAAUUGUCGAGAGAAGGGAUUAUCAAGGCAAUGCAAGAGACUUACGCCGCUGGCGCAUGCAAUGUAUUCUUACUACUGUAAAUAGUGAUUAUACGUUACAAAUAGGAGGGUUACUCUGUGCGAAUAUUCGCAAACGAAUACUGGAGAAUUAUUGCGAAAUCGUGGAUUACAUUUAUACUUACCAUAUCUCUGUAUCUACAUGGAAACAGAAACUUCAGGACCAAUGAAACUCGACCGAAGUGCGGUCUUAAUCGGCAUUGGUGAAAGGUGGAAUUUGUAUAAAGGUGAUUAAGCGGUGGCAUCGUACAAAGUGACGUAGAGCAGCAAAUAAAAUGAAUGAAUUAUCGUAAGGAUUUCAUGUCAACAAAUGA